CACCAUUCUUUUUCUAGUUCCUGUUUAAAUAACUACGAUCAUUGUUUAUUUUUCUUUAGCUGGUGAUUUAUUUGAUCUAAAAUUAUUUUUGAAUUGAAUAUUUCGUAUCGAUUUAAUGAGAUUAUUGGCCACAUUAUUUCUUGUUUAAUUUGGUGAUUGCUAAGUUCUCAAAGAACUCUCUAUACUGCAUCGAUUUAGAAAUGUCUGAACAACAGGGUGUGAGUUCUUUCCCUUUGCCUCCAAUGCAAUAUAUCAGCUUGUACACAGAUGAUCACAUCAAACGUGGUAGAGUGCCGCAACCACCUCCACCGAUUCAAGACAGUUAUAUGAUGUUUGGAGUGCCAUUUAAUGCAGAUGAUGCGAUUAUUCGACCCUUAGAAACACAAGGUUUCCGACGUCUUUACCCACAGAACUAUGACCACAAACGAGAACUGAAAAAACUAAAUCAUUCAAUUUUGAUCAACUUCUUAGACUUACUCGACAUACUCAUUCGGGCUCCAGAUUCUCCGAAACGUACAGAAAAACUGGAUGAUAUGAACUUGCUUUUUAUUCACAUGCACCAUUUAAUAAAUGAAUUCCGUCCACACCAGGCACGAGAAACACUUCGGAUGAUGAUGGAAUAUCAAAAACGCCAACGAUUAGAAAUUGCUGACAAAUUUCAAAAACAUCUUGAUGGUGUCAAAGAACUAAUUCUCAAGUCUUUACAAGCUCUGCCCGAUGCAGAUGCAAUGGAAUGCAAGGCUAUGACUUCAAGUGAAAUACUACAGGCAAAGGACAAAUCUGAAAGUAAACCAAUGGACAUUGAACCUUGUGAUGGUUUGGAUAAAAUAAUGUGUGACAUUGUAGACAACUUGAGUUAGACACAUAUAUUUUUCCAAAUACAUAUUUAUUCACACACAUACACGCACACAAACAUGAUUCUACAAAUAUUCUUAAUGACAUAGUGAAACUGUCUUUUUUAAAUUUUCUUGAGAAUAAUUUUAAGGUCACUUAAAUAAUUUAAAGCGAUAUUAAAAACGUAGUGCAUUUUAUCUGAA